GAAAUAAAGCCUUGGACAGCACACAUAGUGCACUCUGGUAGAGAUUUAGGGCUAUUCGGGAUACAGCUCACGGAGUGGUUGAAGUCUGGAAUAUACAGGACUUCGCUGCUGUGUUUUGACGCAGAUUAACUCGACAAAACGGUUUUGACGGUGGAUUUUUUUUCACACGAGUUUAACGGUGUUUUGAAAAAAUAUCAGCUUAUAUUUAAGAAUGAAAAGAGGAUGUGAUUAGAAACGGAAGGAAAGGUCUGGGAAAAGACACGUCGCGCGCGCGUUGUUUACUUUCUUGCUUUUCCAUUUAAAGGGUUGCUCUCUUCUCAGUGUUUAUUUAUUGUAGACAGUAACAGGAUUCGUCUCUCAGCGUCUCUUGCAACUUGAAAAGAUUUGCUUCUUUGAUUUUUUUUUCUUUUAGUUCAGAUGUCCAGGAUGAGCGCUUGAAAACUUUCUGGCUCCUCUAAAACUACUUGAACAUUUAGCUGUUUAUGGAUUUUUGGAGGAAACGCGUUGAUCAUGUCGUUCCCUGAAGUGCAAUGGGAUUAAAGGAGGGGUUUGGUUCGAAUACAACUAAAACACAGAUCACCAGGUCUGCGGAGAACAGUCCCACCCUAGAAAAUGUGAAAGCCUGAUUAAAGACUCAUCCGUCACAUUAGCCGUGCAGCAAUAGCAAUGGAGAGGAGCAAACGCAACUCCAUUGCUGGGUUCCCCAGGCGGCCCGAUCGACUGGAGGACCUGGACGGAGGCGUGUUCGAGGCAGAGACGGGCCCCGCCCAACUGGACAGGGUGUGUCCUUCUUCCUACCGUGCCCUCAUCAGUGCCUUCUCCUGCCUGACGCGCCUUGAUGACUUCAUAUGCGAACGGAUCGGCUCUGGCUUCUUCUCAGAGGUCUAUAAGGUGCGUCACAGAGCCUCAGACCAGGUGAUGGCUCUGAAGAUGAACAAGCUGAGCAGUAACCGAGCCAACAUGCUGCGAGAAGUGCAACUUAUGAACAGACUCUCGCAUCCCAACAUCCUCAGGUUCAUGGGUGUUUGUGUGCAGGAAGGUCAGCUCCACGCCCUCACAGAGUACAUCAACGGCGGGAACUUGGAGCAGCUGCUGGACAGCAACAAGUACCUGAGCUGGACCACGCGGGUCAAAUUGGCGUCGGAUAUCGCCAUGGGUCUGGCCUACCUGCACUCCAAGGGCAUCUUUCACAGAGACCUCACCUCCAAGAACUGCCUGAUCAAAUCAGAUGAAAACGGUUACACUGCAAUCGUUGGAGAUUUUGGACUUGCAGAAAAAAUCCCCAGUCAUGAGGCUGAUGGAGAGAAGCUUGCGGUGGUGGGUUCUCCGUUCUGGAUGGCACCAGAGGUUCUGCGAGGCGAAACGUAUAACGAGAAGGCCGACGUUUUCUCAUUCGGCAUCAUCUUGUGCGAGAUCAUCGCCAGGAUACAGGCCGAUCCCGACUUCCUGCCUCGCACCGAAACCUUCGGGUUGGAUUAUCACGCGUUCCAGCACAUGGUUGGCGACUGUCCUCCUGACUUCCUGCAGCUCACCUUCAACUGUUGCAACAUGGACCCAAAACUCAGGCCUUCAUUCCCGGAUAUUGUUAAGAGGCUGGAGGACGUCCAGCGGCGUCUGAAAGCUGAAGAAGGUGAAAGGGAGAGGAUUCAUAUCCCGGCAGAGAUGGAUAAAAAGAGCAUCGCGAAAGGUGAGAAGUUCCAGGGUAUAAAGAGGCUGAACCCUCUGGGUCUACAGGAUGAUAAGAUCCCGCCCAAGUCCCCUCGUCCACGGCGCAACAUCUGGCUCUCGCGCAGCCAAUCGGACAUCUUUUCCCGCAAACAAGGCCGCAAGGUCAACGUCCAGGACCCUUACUAUAACCCUGGACCACGAGGAGUUGCCAAGGUUAACCCUUUCAGCGCUCGCGAGGACCUCAAGGGCGGCAAGAUCAAAUUUUUUGACAUGCCCAGCAAGUCAGUGUUCUCGCUCAUGUUUGACUUGCAUUCACCACGAGGCAGCAUGAGCUCGUACCAGCCUCAGAUGAACACCAGCAGCUCCUGGCCUGAACUGUGGCAGCUGCCAGGACGACAGUGCCACUCCCUGCCCGUGUCUCCACAGCAGGCGCUGUCCGACGCCUUUAUCGCAGCGAGAAGCGAGGGCGGCGACGUCCGGCCUAGAGCGCUCAGCGGCUGGGCGAAGAAAUACAGCGUGCCCGAAAUCCCACCCUACACACCUAGAGAGACUUCCAGAGCGAGGGCGAAGUCAGACGAGAGCUCUGCCGAGACCGAGGAAGCCAUGGACUGCUCGAGUAGCAGAGGCAGCUUCUUCGACAUCGACGACGACUACAAGGCGCAAAACCUGCUGCCAAACGGAAACGGCGAGGACAUGGAAGCCGAGGAUGAAGAGAACGCGUCCAGCGUGUUCUCCCUGACCAGCAGGAACCCACUUCCUCUGAGUGUGCCAGCUGAGCCACAGGAACUGCGCUCCAUCGUUCUCGCGCCCUGCCGUGCCUCUGCCUCCCCUGACCUCCUGUCCAGAUGCGACAUCUGAGAAGACACGUUACUUCGUCGUAUUAACACUUAAGACGUGUGGAUUUUUUUUUUUUUUCCUCCUCUCAGAGAACCCAGCGUGAUGUUUCUACCCAGACUGUUACCUAAAAAUAAACACACACAGACGGAGAGCGAAUGAAUGUAUUUUUACAAGCACUAGGUUUCUCUUAAUUGGACAAACACUUUCGUUCUGUGACUCGCACCACUGCGAUAGUUGUUUUUUGGGGGGGAAAUGUAAAAGCUAGAAUUAACAGAAUGGUGAUUAUUUUUUUCCUGGGUAUUUAAACAUUAUUACAGCUAUUCACUCGGAGUUUUGCACUGUAUGCGUCUCCUCUUAAUUAGCGCACCGAUCGCUGAAAGAGAUAAAAAACAUUCCGUACACGCAGUUCACCUGUAUUUCAGCGAGCGUUACUCUGGCAGAGAUAAAAACUUGUUCUAAAAAAGGAAAAAAAAAAAAAGUCAGUGUCUGUAACUACUUAAAAAUUUGUACAUUGCACUUGAAUCAAGGAACUUGAUGGGUUAAUCUUUUUAAUUGUUGGAUUUGUCACUACAUUUCUAUGCAAUAAAUCUAACCGAAGCAGACUAGUUUUAUAGUAAUAUAGAGAGAGAGAGGCUCUAUUUUGAUAUUUAUGAGGAAGAAAAAGAAUUUUACUGUCUUACUUUCCCUGCUGGUCAACUGUGUGUGUAAAGUGUUUAUUAAUACAGUUUGAUGAGCACAAACGGAUGUAAAUAUGUCUGACGUCGUUCGUCCUGGCUGUUUUCUCAUCACAGGUUUGUAAUCGAUGUUAAGAGAUGUAUAAUUUCUACCAAAGACAGAUCAGGACCUGAUUCUCUUCCCACCCGUUCAUAUUGCUUCAGGGUUUUUUUUUUUUCCUCCCCCAGUGUUGAAGUGCAUGUAUGUAUACAGUCAUUUAAAAAGAAUAAUAAACGAUUUGCUUUUGUGUCGUUUAAACUCGAGAAUAA